CAAUUGCACAAGGUGAUUACGGCAUUUAAUUACUUCCUGGAAUAAGAAUACUACGGGAUUUUAAGAGCGGAUUUCAUUAAGGAAAUAAGACAAAAAAACGAACUAGACUGCACAGUUAUAUAGUAUAUUAAGUAUAAUACAGUUUUUGACAAGCUUAGUAUUGAUAAGAUAAUGAGACAUAUCAUGCAAUUGUUAGUGUAUAGUUGACCAAGUUGUACUUAAAGAAUAAAUGCAAUGGAUUUUCCAGAUGAUAAACCUGCUGGCGGACAAUUCAAAAGUAAAAAGGGUGAACAUUCCAACACAGCAUGUGAGGGAGAAGAAACAAAUCCAAAUUUAAGCUCAACUGACAAUAGUAAUGCCAGCAGUGAGCCUUAUGUAAUUUUUACAGCUGAACAUGAAGCAAGACAAAUGCAUACAAAUCCUGUUUUUAUCGGAGAUAGUGGAUCUUUUGUGGACAUAAAUACCCCGACGGCCAGCAUAAAUUCGAAUUCCGAUGUCGUUGACGAGACAACAGAGAGGUUUAUGCUGCAGCCGGGUAUACAUGUCCCUUCCAACAAAAGCGAUUAUCCUAAUUUCAAAAACAGAAUGUAUAUGGGUAAAACGCGAUUCCAUCAACAGCAACAGACCAGAGAUAUUCCAUUGCACGAUAGUAGAACGUGGCCACAGGUUUUUCGUCCCCGUGUUGACGAAGUUAUAUAUACACGUUCUCCUUUUACAUACGAUAAUAACGAUGUCAGACUCAAUGACGAAAAUGAAGAGGAAAGUAAUCCCCAUCAGGCAUUGGAAUCUCAAGACCCUGUGUAUUUGCCUUCAUUUCUGGAUAAUAUAUCCGUUGUGAGCAGAUCUGAUUUAAAAAGCAAAAAGAACUGCCAUGUAAGGAAAUGGAUCAUUUUUGUUUUUAUGUGUGUUUGUGUGUCCGGUGUAGCAGCAUGGAUUGUUCACAAUAAGUAUGGUUCGGAUGAAGAGAUUAUAUAUGAGGCAACUACUCCAUCUCCGCUUAAUUUGGGUAAGUGUGAAAAUGAUAUCACUACUGCAACGGUUGGAGAACAAAUAUGUAUUCCUUAUACACAGAAUUUUACUAGUAACCCGUCAGGUAUACACGUGAAACAGUUAUCUUCGCAAUACUUUAGUGCACUUCAAAGUUUUUCCAUCAAUGUGUCAUCUGAUAUCGUUUUACUAAAAAAUGGGGAUUGGAUAGUUAACUUCAACUCUUCAAGAACUGACCAACAAUUGCGUUUCAUGAAGGAAAAUGCAACAUGUGAUAGUGUUGGAAUUUACGAAAUCACUAUAGAAUAUGAUGAUGGAAAUGUGACAUUCAUAGAAUUUGAAAUCAGUUUGAAAGACCCACAGCUAAUGCAAAGAGUUACUCGAAUUAAUGACAACAUUCAUAUUCAUUGUGAAAUGAUAAAAACUUGCAUGGCCAGCUCUGUAGCCUUGUUUGUAAACAAUGGGAAAUCGUCACGUUUGAUACCUAACAUAGAUGUAUGUAGCAGCAAUGAUAAGAACAGUGGCACCACAGUCUCAGUUGAUGCGAUCAUUCCUGUUUCGCAGUUUUCUGAAAAUCAAACGAUCUCUUGUGUUCCACUCAUGACGGAUAUGCAACUUGCUGCAAACCUGACAUCAACCUCCGGUAUACCUGUUUGUGAAGGUGAUUGUGUACCUGAUUGCAAGGAUGAUCCACAAGGUGAAGCAUACUUUCCAGACAAAGAUGACUGUACUAAUUUUUACCAAUGUUCGAAUGGAAAAUUGGUUUCUCAAACCUGCUCGUUAUCAACAUAUUGGUCAACUAGCAAGUGCGCUUGUGUUCAUUUUGAUGAUGAAAUUUGUAAUAGGGACACUAACAGUUUCUUUAAACCUCUUUUGUCUAUCGAAAAAUGCACCAAUGCAUCGCUUGUGUAGUUCAUCAUUAAAAAAAAUAUAUAUCCAUUUCUAUGGAUUCAUUUUUUUUUUUCGUGAGUACCAAUUUUCGGGGAUUAAGGAAAAAUUGUAUUUUCGUGAAUAUUUGAUAUCGUGGUUUUACAAAAGUCUGCAUUCAAGUCUAUAGAACUCUUCGUUGAACAUUUAAAUUCGUGGUUCACCAGUACCCACGAAAUCCACGAAAAUUGCUAUCCAACGAAUAAUAAUGAAUCUACAGUAAACAAAGUAUACAUAUGCAUAAAGGGUGAACAGACAGGAGUUUAUGAGCAAUUUGAGUAACGACAUAAUACAUGCACAAUUUGUUUUAAGAAAUUUAGGUCAUUAACAGUGAUUUAAUUUGUAUGUAUGGUGGAAAUUCCUCUACAUAACUCAAAAGUGAAUAAGUUCUCAAGGAAAAUUAAUUGUUUUCAUAUAUUACAUUACAGUUUAUUGAACUUCUUUGAAGUUACAAAAAUAUAUUAUCUUCAUUUUGGGGUUAAUGAAAAUGUUAAUGCUAUAUUCCGUAUUCCAUUAUUUUGUAUUGUUGUAGCAACACUAUAUGUGCUACAUUCGUGUCUGUCAUAUGGAUUCGUUUCAUCUCUUGUGAGAACGCUCCAUUAAGGUUGUGAGGAGAACGAAUGAAAACCGAAACUACAAGUUUUACUGCCACAUCACAAUUUAACGAUGUGUUGGUUUAUCUAUUCAUAAGACAGGUUUUGCGGUCUUAGAUCAUUUAGAUCAUUUAGAUACCACGCAUAGUCGUCUGAUUCCCUUUUUAAAUUGAGUUUUUCUUAUUAAUGAAUUUACAGUCCUUGAACAACGGUAAACUUCUAUUGCCUCUAAUUUUCAUUCAAUGCAAAUAUGGGAGGAUAACAUAAAAAUUAAAUGAAAGUUUAAAAAUCAACGUGUAUACAUAAAUGGUUCUGAUGGUAAACUUACGCAAUAUUUAAUUCAAAUUUGGGAGGUAAAAGUUCUUUCCUUUUUGGACAGUAUUCGACAGAGGCAAAGCU